GUCCCUUGCCGUGACGUCAGUGCCUUCCCGAGUCAUUGUCGACAUGGCGCAGGCGGAGGCGCAGCGCGAAGUUUUCCAACAGCAAACCUUGUGAAAUUACAUUUCGCAGUGAGGACGACGGCAGAAGUUCCAUCCUAACAGGAAAGUUUAGUUGUAAACGGUUCAGACUCCGGGUUUGGUUAACUAAACAGCUUGAAGAUGAUGUCUGAUGCGAGUGAUAUGUUGGCUGCUGCUUUGGAGCAAAUGGAUGGCAUUAUAGCAGGCUCUAAAUCUCUUGACUAUUCCAAUGGGAUAUUUGACUGCCAGUCUCCAACUUCACCGUUCAUGGGAAGCCUGAGGGCGCUGCACCUAAUUGAGGAUCUGAGGGGGGUUUUGGAGCUCAUGGACACAGAAGAGAGAGAGGGAUUGCGCUGCCAGAUACCCGACUCGACAGCACACAGUCUGGUGGAGUGGCUACAGGGACAUCUAUCAAAUGGCCACAUUUCAGUGACCGGUGAUAUUUACCAAGACAGACUUAAUCGCCUUGAAAGUGACAAAGAAUCCCUCGUUCUUCAGGUGAGUGUCUUGACGGACCAAGUAGAAGUCCAAGGAGAAAAGAUAAGAGACUUAGACUUGUGCCUUGAGGAACAUCGUGAAAAACUGAAUUCCACUGAGGAAAUGCUACAACAGGAGCUUCUCUGUAGGUCAGGUCUUGAGUCUCAGAAGAUGGAGCUGAUGGCUGAGAUUUCAAAUUUAAAGCUAAAGCUGAAUGCCAUGGAGAAGGAGAGAAUUGACUUUGAUGAACGAUUCAGAGAUAGUGAGGGUUUGCUCCUAGAGAUUAAUGAGCUGAGGUAUCGCAAUUCUGAGAUGGAGAACGAACGGUUGCAGUAUGAGAAGAAACUAAAGUCUACAAAGUCGCUAAUGGCAAGACUGUCUAGCCUGAAACUCAAAAUGGGCCAGAUGCAGUAUGAAAAACAGAGGAAGGAACACAAAAUCCAGGCACUCGAGGAGGAGCUGGCUAUAUUAAGAAGGCAGCUGGAUGGUAAAGAUGGAGAACUAAGGAGGCUACAGGAUGAGACAGGGUCCAGAUCACCCACACCUGCAGGCAUAGAAACCAAUGAGAGGGAGGAUACUUUUAAGCAGAAGCUCAAAGAGAAACAUUUGGAAGUGCAAAGAAUGAAAAAAGCAGUUGAGUCACUUUUGGCAGCCAAUGAAGAAAAGGAUCGCAAGAUUGAGGAGCUUCGGCAGUCACUUACACGUUACAAGAAGGUGCAAGACUUGGUCAUGUCAGUGCAAGGUAGAAAAGAUAAAUUAAAAGAAGAAGAAAGUGAUGAGAGCUACAGUGACAGCUCUCUCUCCAUGUCAAUAGCAAUGUCAGUGUCCAUGGAUGCCGAUAAGUCCGUUCUGUCAUGUGCUGAGGAAGUGAAGAGUCAAGAUGAGGCGACGACAUUUCUCAGCACGCUGCAUGUGUCCUCGCUCGCAACCACACCGCAAACCAAACUAGAGGCUGAUGUAAACCUGGAGCCAGUGCAGUCACAGAGUGAUUCAGUGCAUCAGGAGCCAAGUCAGUCACAGGAGCCCGUGAUAAAUACCAGUCUGGAAAGUGUGGAGAUUCCCAAAUCCAGCAGCCUGAACAAACUGGAUGGCAGCACUAGUGAAAAGAGGCCUUUGGCAGUUGGAAAGAGUCCAGCAGAGAGUCGUGCUUUUGAUGAGUUCAACAAGAUUACAACCUUACCACCAAAGUCCACUAGCAACUCCCGUGCUGCUGAAGAUGACACUUUUGGCACAAAGAAGGCGAGAUCCUCCUUCGGACGAGGUUUCUUUAAGCUCAGGGGAGGCAAGAGGACAGCCAGUGCUCCUAAUCUUGCUGCAACAGAGCACAACGGCAUGGACCAUCUGGAUCUCGCAGGGAUGCCACAGAAUUCAAGCAACAGUGACAGCACAAACACUCUCUCCAGCUGCCUAGAGGGCAAGAAGAAGUCAAAGGGAAUCAAAGCAUUCUUAGGAAAGCUUACAAGAAGUCAGUCAACAACCUUCACCUUGGAUGACAACCUCUCAGAGAACGAGUUCAAACGGGGAGGAGUCCGAGCCACAGCCGGUCCCAGGCUGGGUUGGUCACGUGACCUGCACAACACAAACAGUGAGGUGGAUGCUCCAUUUGCACGUUGGUCCCGGGAGCAGGUGUGUGACUGGAUGCAGGAGCAGGGACUGGGCCUGUAUGUGAACCUGGCCAGACAGUGGAUUUCCUCAGGACAGACUCUCCUACAGGCUUCUCCACAGAACCUAGAGAAGGAGUUGGGGAUCAAGCAUCACCUACACAGGAAGAAACUGCAACUGGCCCUUCAAGCCCUUGGCUCUGAGGAGGAAGACAACAAAGGCAAACUAGACUACCAAUGGGUGACGAGGUGGCUUGAUGAUAUUGGACUUCCUCAGUACAAAACUCAGUUUGAUGAGGCAAGAGUGGAUGGGCGAAUGCUUCACUACAUGACUGUGGAUGAUCUGCUGUCUCUGAAAGUGGGAAGCGUGCUGCAUCACCUCAGCAUCAAGAGAGCAAUCCAAGUGCUCCGACUCAACAAUUACGAGCCCAAUUGUCUACGCCGUAGACCCUCAGAUGAGAACAACAUCACUCCAGCAGAAAUCUCUCAGUGGACCAAUCACCGUGUGAUGGAGUGGCUGCGUUCUGUAGAUCUGGCAGAAUAUGCACCCAAUCUGAGGGGCAGUGGAGUUCAUGGAGGUCUGAUGGUACUCGAGCCUCGCUUUAAUGUGGAGACAAUGGCACUGAUCCUGAACAUUCCUCCAAACAAGACUUUGCUCAGAAGGCACCUGGCGACUCACUUUAACCUGCUGGUUGGUUCGGAGGCUCAGCAGACGAAGCAGGAGUGUAUGGAGAAUCCUGAUUACAUUUUACUCACUGCAACUGCUAAAGUCAAGCCACGAAAACUGCCAUUUGGGAACUUUGGGACUUUGAAGAAGAAGAAGCAGGAGGAUAGUGAUGAGUAUGUGUGCCCCAUGGAUGUGGAGAUGCCAAAAGGACACAGUUUCCAGAAAGGCUUUAGAAGCAUGGAGCUGCACAUUUACGAGGACGAGCUGGACAGACUAGAACAGAUGGAGGAUUCAGAGGGCACUGUGCGACAAAUUGGAGCUUUCUCAGAAGGCAUCAACAACCUGACGAGUAUGCUGAAAGAUGACGAGUUCUUUAAGGAGGUUAGAACAUCAUCCCCCAACACUAGCGUGACUGACGACGACUCCAACGUUUGAGGAAUUUUUUUGGGCCCAACUGCCCAUAGUGGUGCUGCUGUGAUCAAAACUGACUGUGCCAACCUCUCUGCACAUCUCUCUCUCUGUCUUAUCUGUCAGUGCUAGCUAUACAUUGUUAGUGUAUUCCUCUUAUGUAAACUCAUAUAAAAGAGCUACAAUACAGUAUUUGCCACAGUACAGUGCAGAGUAGGUGUCAUUCUUCAAGUUAAAAUAUGUGUCAAAGUUGUGAAUGUCUCUCUGGAGCGGUUAUAAGAGUGUAUUGAAUAGUCAGUCUCAUCUUUGCUUAAUAUUUUAUGAACAUGAUGUAUUUUCAAUUACAUAUUUUUAAGGAGAGUUUUUAAGGGAAAAUUGGCAGGUCUACUGUAGUUUGCCUCCCAACUGCAACUGGAGAUUUGUUUUUUGUUUUUUUUUACUGGACUUCCACCCCAUCUGUUGGGUCCAGUAUGGCAAACGGUGCACAGUGACACUUUUAUCCUUUAAAUGAUAGAAUUUAUUUUGAUGAGAUUAAGAUUUUUUUAAAAACUACAGUAAAAAAUUUAAAACUCCUUCCAAUAAGAACUGUUAUAUUCCACAAUGAUCACAAGAUAUCUGCCAUAUUUACAUUUUUCUUAAAAACCUUUCACAGUAUUUGAUGUAUUUAUAGGUCCAUUUGACCAUAAUGUGUUUGCAUGCAAUAUCUUCAACACUACAAAAGUUCAGUACAUGCGUUGUAAAGGAAUGGUGGCCCAUCCAGGUCAUAUUCCUGCCUUGUGCCCAGUGUUCCUGGGAAAUACACCGUAUCCUCCAUGACCCUAAAAAGAAUAAAGACAUUACUUCAGAUGAAAUGUAAUGAAAACUCAGUGCAAAGUAUUGGAUGCCCUAUUUGUACAGUUGAAUUUUAUUUAAUCUUUGCUCUCUCACACACUCUCUCUCUCUCUCUCUCUCUCUCUCAAUAUUGUGCAUCAGUUAACAUAUCAAAAUUGUUCUUAUUACACAUCAAAGCAAUGUUUUUGUUUUUACAACCAUAAUUGUAUGUUGUCUUAUGCACAUUUGUAAAAGGUCAAUAAAUUAAAGUAUAGCAUAAUCCCAUUUAUUAUGCUUAUAUCUGUACAAAUGCA